AUGUCUGAUCAAUUUAAAAGAUCAGUAACGUCACGUACUGGCAGAAAAAAUCAAGUAUAUACACAAGAAGGAGCAAGAAUUGUUUCCGGAUGCGUAUGCUUAACUAAAGAUCAUAAGCAAGUUUUAUUAAUAUCUUCUUCUAAACAUAAAGAUCGUUGGAUAAUACCUAAAGGUGGUGUCGAAAAUGAUGAAAAAAAUGAUUUUAGCUUGACUGCAAAGAGAGAAACUUGGGAAGAAGCAGGUUGCACGGGUGAAAUUAUUAAGAAGUUGGAUAUAAUUGAAGAUAUGAGGCCCUCAAAUGAGUGGGCUAAUAUCACAAAGGAAGAAUUUUCAAAUACACAGGGAACUAUCCUGACGAAGAUACCAAAGACUGAAUAUCAUUUUUAUGAAUUAGAGAUUAAUGAACUUAUCAACGAGUAUCCUGAAAGUAAGCAAAGAAACCGUAGAUUAGUCAAUUUCCAUGAGGCACAUAAGGAAUUGAAAAAUGCUAAUAGGCCUGAAUUGCUUAGAGCUUUAGAAAUAUCAUCUAUUGAUAAGACUUUAUAA